CCGCGCCGUGGGGGGCGACGGGGCAGCGCAGCCCUCGCCGGGCACCGUCCGCGUUUUCUCGAGGCGCCCUCUCCGCCCUUCCCCGUUUCCCCUCUCCCCGGUACGCGGCGAUACCGAUCUCUUUCCCCGGCGACCCGUGAGCCGGGCGCAGCCUCGCGACCUCCAUUUCCCCCCGGCCCCGUUAGAAGCGCCGCCGCUGCCGCGCGGCGUUCCGGCAUCCCCCGGCGGGCAGCCCGAGGGGCGGUCCGGCAGCGCCCCGCGACCCGUCUCCCCCGCGGCAGGUUGCUGGGGCUGGAAAAUGGAGGGCGGCGGCGGCGAGCGGCCCGCCGUGCGCUGGGGACGGCUCCGUGCACUUCCUGUAAUGGUGGUGCUGAAAGUGAUGAGCUGCUCGGCUCAGCCGCCGCCGCGGGGAGCGGAACGUCCUCGCUGCUCGCGCUGGGUGCGUGCCGCUCACCGGCAUUGUCAGCUGCGGCUUUCAAAGCGACACGGGGAAAGAAGGGCUUUCUUGGCAGCGGUGGGAAGCAGCCAUCCUUCCGCCUCUAGAACUGGAGGUGGGGAUGGCUGUGCCCCCUGGUUAGGGCACUGGAUCAGAGCUAUCAGAAGGCGUUCGCAGUCCAGGCGAGGCCUAGGGGUCCCCUUCUGUUUCUUUCCCUCUUCAGAGAAAGAAGAGAAAGAUGCGUUUAUUCACGUUUUUUCAACUUGGGAGUAAGGGUUGGUGGUACAGGCAGCAUAAUUUGCACUUGAUUGCUAUCUUAAAUGAAUGCAGCAAGGCUUGCUCUAAGGCCAGAGUCACAUUCGUUCUCUGUGAUUUAUAAAUCCCCUUGAAUCUUUUGUUGCUGCCUGAAACCAAUUUAUGGGGCCCUGACCCAGGGAUACGCUGCCCUGGCUGUAUUUUUUGUGCUGUGCACCAUUUUCUUUGAUGUUUCUGUGCGAGCGUUGCCUUUGUAGCAAACUCCUUUGGAGCUCUACUUGCAUCUUGCCUGGUGUGAAGAACGCUUCUCUGCUAUGUCUGCUGAGUCUGUGCUUUUGCACAUAAUAAAAAGGGAAUAUUGAAAUCGAUGCUGUUAUUUGCGAGCAGGGUCACUGUGCUAGAGCUGCCAAGCUCACAGAGCCCACCCAAGGAGAGGCAGAGAUGGGAGCAGCGCUGAGCAGCGCUCCAGGCUGUGGGAUGCAGAUGUGCAGAGGGAUGUGGAUGUGCGGCAGGUAUCUGCCCCGGGCCCAGCACCUCAGGAGGCAGCAGGCAGCUCUGUGCUUUGCUCAGCACUGGGGUAGGAAUUGAGAAGCAGCAGCACAGCAGCUGAGAAUGCCAGUGGAGAAAACAGUGCGUGCGUUCCUGUGGUCAGGAGCACUUGCGGCCACGUGUGCUGUGCUGGGUGCGGUUCUGCAAGAAGUGACUGCGCUGAGGCUUCCGGCAUCCAAGCAGUUCUUCUCACUCCUCCACAUCUUCCUGUUGCUCCUUGCCAUGUGUUCAGGUCCCAUUCAAACCCUGCUGAAGACAGCUAACAUAAAUGGACGCUGAACCAAGCGCGGUGUUGCUGGCUGAGGUUCCCCUCGUGUUGCUGGCUGUGUCAGCUCCUCGCUGAGCUGCGAGGGAGGCAGUGCUGGCUCAGCGCCUUGGCAGGGUCUGCUGUGCCUCCCGUGCUCCUCCGACUGGGGACGCUGGCUGAUGGCAGGGGACUGAUGGGCGUCCUGCGGCUGAGGCUGUUUGAUCAGUGGGGCUGGCGAUGGCGGUUUUACCAAGAAGUGGUUUAGUCACUAGCAGUGUCAUGGGGGAUGCUAGGAAACCCUUUUCUCGACUGGUACAAACAGAGGAGAGUUCUGUGUUAGUGGUGUGAUGGUUGGUUUUGUUUUUGUUUUGUUGCCAAAUAACAAACUUGAAAGGUUUUUUUCUUCUUCUCAAAAGCACAAUCUGUAUCUUCAACUAAUUCAUAAAAAUACCCAAAAUAUUCAUAAAACACUGUAAGCAGUAUUUACCUUACACUCAAAUGCUACUGUAUAAAAUGGAAAGAAUAAAACGUUAAGUUUCUGAAGUUUAAAUUUCUCUUUUAUUUUGUUGUAUUGAAAAUAGACUGCACUGUUCUCCUUCUGCUUGUUUCAUUUUCUUUCUGUUUGACUUGAUUUGUUUUUAUUUUUUUUUGUCUCUUUGCAUGGAGAAGUGAUACCACUAUGCUAUUGAUACGUUAAGAUAAAUGGAAAUAAAUUCAAAGUUUCUGGAGAAAAUUAUGUAAGGACUUAUUUGUGCUUUUGCAUGACUGACACAUUAAACUAUUUUUUUUUCCUAACAAGCAGUGAAAAGCCUGUGGACUUCACCAUGCAAAGACUUGUGGAUAUGACUAAUUUUCUGCACAUGUGCAGUCUCACGAGCAUGCUUGCAGAAGGCUUUCUGGGGUCACAGCAGCGCUGCUUCAUCUUGGAGUGUUUUUGCUUGGCUGUGAUCGAGCUGCCAUGGGCCUGGACCUGGAAGUGCUUGCCAGAAAAAGGCUGAAACACAGAGAAGGAUGCCUGUGAAAUACUAUUUUCUAGGAACUACCAGCAUUGCAUUCAUGAAAGCUGAUUGCAGUUUUAAAGCAGUUUCACACCUUUUACCUUGAGGAGACUUUGAAACAGCUUUUUCAAAGUUUGGCUUUCCUGAGCUGGGGACGGGAUUGGCUGGAGAUCUUUUGGUCUAAGCAAAUUGAGUGCAAUUUUCUUUUAACCAUGUAACAAAGAAUAGGUACUGAUUGCUUGCCAAACAAUGUUUCCCCUCAGGGAUUCCAUACAAUUUUAGGAAAGAACAAAGCCAGCAUUUCUAGUGUUUAACUUGAUGAGAAUCAUCCUGGGGUUUGGCACGUUAAAAAGCAAAGUGCGUCACAAGUCAAUUUGGCACUUUCUAAUGCCAUCAGUAAUACUCAUUUCCACAUCACUGAACUUACUCUGCUUCCAUCUUUCCCUCACCACAAAUCUCUUUAACUAAAAGAUUUGAGGCUCUUUUUGGUUAUUUCUGUAUUCUUUUCAGCCUGGCUCCCUCUAGGAGUGGAUACAGAAGGCAGCUCAAAGACUGCCAUGGAGUGCCUCCCUGAAUUCUCAAGAGGCAUCCUUGGAAGGAGGAAGCUUGUUUUCUUGGAGUUACCCAACAAAAUGCCUUUUUCCCCAACACCUAGAGGGAAGCAGUGCUAUGGAAGAGAGCUUGUCUGUGCCAAGAACCUGUUUGCUGGCACUGUUCUAAAAGAAACACCUCCCCUUUUCUUCCUCCUUUUCAUGUGUAAACCAGGCUGUGAAAGCAUGUUGUUCAUGUAGUCUCAAAGCUGUUCCUACCUGCAAUUUUCCUUUUAUCCACUUGAGCUCGUUCCUCAGAAGUGGUUCGUACUUGUGAUACUGGAGGUUUCUGAAAUGAUCCCUGUAUGAAAAACAGCCACCCUUAGGGAAGGAGGGAAGAGUUAUUUGUUCCUCAGAUUUUUUUUCCUUGUCUGAGACCACUCGGUGAAGCAGAAGAAAUAGCCAGGCUCUAGGUGUGUGGCAUCCAGCAGUCGGUGAGGGUAGCAAUCGCCUUUAUUCCCUGCGGUCCUGCAUUUUGUGUUGUCUGAUCCAUAGAAGAAGUGGCCCAGUUCUUGUGACCUGUCUUGUACCUUCUUAGCGUUAAGAUUGAGCUCUCACUGUAUGUGAUCUCGCUGUUCAUCAAAGUUGGGCAUCUCAGGUGUUCUGUCUCACGGAGGUCUGCCUUGAAGGCUAGGAAGCUGCAGUGGAAGAUUUCUUUGACCAAAGAGUGGACGUAACAAAUAAAUGUUAUUGCUACCCAUUGUUGUCAAAUGGCUUUUAAAACUGGAAAAAAAGACACAAUUCCCAUACCAGAGUUUUAAACAGCCAUAAUAUAAAUCUCUUUCUCCUCACUUGCUCAGAGCUGUUCUGUCUGGGUUGUGUCUCUGUAUUUCCUGAAUGCUGAGAACACGUGUGGGUCCCCAUGCAGGUGUCCCUUGCUGUGUUGGAUGCAUUGCCUCUGUUGCCCGCAUGGAUCUGGCAGACAUGAAGAGAUUGUUGGUAGGCAGUGUCCCUGAGCAUCUGCUGGAUAGAUCCAUUAGGUGAAGAUUGGCCCAAUGGCAAUUUUUUGUAGCCUUUCCAGUGAAGCAGCAGGGCAGGCUCUUUCCUGCCCCCACACAAUUAAAUGACUGUAAAGCUUCAGACAAGAUGCAAAGAAUGAAGUCCAAGGGGAAAACAAAAACCAUGCUAGUCAGCACUGAGAUAAGUUUUCUCUAUAAAGUUGUUCGCAUUGCCCUUGGGUUCUGCAGGAGACGGGGCUGCCACACCUUAGGUGUUUUCAAGCCUGGCUAAUGCCGUAGAUGCCAGCGUGCCCCUAAAAGCAGUGUUGGUUUGUUGGCUUGGUUUGGGUAGGCUUUGUUUGAAGAACUUCAUUUUUGCUGCAGCACUUUCCAACUUCUGAUUAUAGCUGUAAGGAGAAAACAUUGCAGGUGGUGUCUGUGUGAUGUAUGUUCUUCAGCCAUCACAGCAGGGGGAGAAAGGGACACUUACACGCUUCCAGUUGGUGUGAGAUCUCAAUGAAGAGUGCCUGUGCCUGCAAUAGCCCAGGUGUGAGCUUGCAGGAGCUGUGUACUGGGGACAGAGAAUGUUCAGUAACCUUGUAGUACUUUAAGGUCAAAAGAGACGCUGGUCAUGCCAAGGAGAUCUUGUGUGUGCUUUUAGGUGUGUAUGUACAAAGUUGAUCUUUAGCAUCUUUUGUCAACAAAAAGUAUGGGUUGUGUUAAAUACAAUGAUUAAAAAAACCCUAAGCUUAUACAACAGUACUUUGCUAGUCACUGAAAAUAACCUUUUGGUUCAAAAGCUGCUUCUGUGCAUAUUAAUAUUUUAUACAGAAGUAUUAUGUAAUAGACAUUUUGUCAUCUCUGCAGUCGUGCACAGAGGAGCACAUUAUCCAGCUUGUGUCAUUCUGGUUGUUCAGCAUAAAUUUGCCUAAACCAAAAGCUAAAAAACUAAACCAAAGCAAAUGUCAAUGAAUAGUUUUUUAAAAAGUCCAUCUUGCAUAUCUGUAUGUGGGGUUCUGUGUACAAACCAUGGAAAGGUAGUACAGGAAUCAGGAUCAGAUGGUCACUGUCUGAAAACAUGAGUGAGAAGUGGGAAAGGUAAUGAGUGUCCAUUCAAGCUCUGUUGUGGUCACAGACACUUUCUGCAUGCGUUAGCAAUUGCUUUCAUCAAGGAUGCACAGAGGAACCAGACUUCACGCUUAGUCUGACUGGUGUUUAAAAAUACAACCUCACAAAUCUACAUAGAGUUCCUCUUGGUGGCUGCCAUCCAACUUACUUUCUGUCUAAUUAAGUUAAGAAAUAAUACUUGAGCUACCUUAGCCUGAAAGAGGAACUGACAAAAGGAACACGAAACUUUUUAUGCGUUUGAGGUUUUUCUUCUGUCUUAACUCAUUGGCGUUGUUAGUAGAGGGAAAGGGAAGACAGAUUCAGUAGUUCUGCUCCCCACCUCUCCUGUCUCUCUGACAACAACUGCACUGGCCCCUGGAAUGAGGAAGGAGUGGAAGGCAGAUACACAGGGCUGCAGGGCUGGGUGCUCAGUGUGAGUGCUCCAGUGGGCAGCAGUUAGCAGAGGGUCUGAUAAGGGCAGUGAAGAGGAGUUGCUCUUGGGAGCAAGAGUAAGCUGAGACACAGGUGUAUGGAUAAAAUGGGAACGUGGAAACUGUGGUGGUUUGGACAAGACUCUAGUGGUUGCAAGUCAUGGUUAUGUUUUGUAUUUGUUUGGUCUUAGUGUGAUUUGAUUGAAGAUGUACCUAGAUAGAAAGGUGAAUUAAUGAGGUUCUGUAUUAGCAUCAGUUGGUUUAACCAAAAUGAAUUUUUUUAAAGGAACUGCUGAGCCGUGUUGUGGUAGAACAGGAAUGGUAAAACAUACAUGAGAAUCAGAAAAUAGAAACACCAAACAGGCAUUUCGAAAUGCAAAAGAUAAUAGCAACAGUGUGGCAAAGGCAAGGAGAGGGUAGAAUCAUUGAGGUAAAUGUGAGUUAAUGUAAAAGAAAAUCUUGAAGCAUUAGAUUGUGCAUAAUCCUCUGCAUGUGCAAGGCAUCCGGGUGCUGCUCAUGCUGGGGGUCAGGCCUUCUCCAGCAGCAAGGCUGUGUGUUCCUGUCUGGGUGGCCAACUUCUGCUAAGUGAAACUAGUCCGGAAGUGUAUUGCAAAGCAGUAUAGACCUGUGUGUAGACUUACGCAUCCAUUACAGCAUGUUUAGCUGGCACCUGAAGGCUUGUAUGCUGGACUGAUAAGAACCUAGCUUUACCCCCACCAUAUCUGUGCUGUGAAGCUGCAGUGUCUGUGUGCAGGGCAGCCCAGAGCUGCAGGCUGGCAGGCAGCAUGUGGGCAGUGGGGCAAGGACAGACACAGUGCUGCUCCUCCAUUUCCUCUCCUCCCAUCGCUUCCUCCAUCUUGGGGCUUCCUCAACAGCUGCUUGCUGACUGAGCUUGUAAGGUCUUGUACUUAGCCUGCUGUGCAGUAAAGGAUAUAACACUAGAGCUGCCAUUGGCAGCCCCCACUCCUGCUGCCUGAGUCAGUGAGUGGGCUGCUCGCAGCACCAGAGCAUCCUGCCUGCUUGCCCAGUGGGUCUUGUUUUGCUGUGUCUUAUCGCCUUCCUGGCUCUGGAAUCAGCAGGAGAGGCACGAAAAAGAAGGGGCGGAUGGUGGGGAGCUCCUGAAGUGAAGAGGUGACAUGGGAAACACUGCAGCAGAGCUCAGGUGUGGGCUGUGAUCUGUGGGGUCGGAGCAGAAGCAGGGUUCCUGGCCUGGCUGCAGCAGGCUGCUCACCCCACUGCCUGCCUGCUGCCCCGGGCCUGUGCUUCACCCAGGCACAGCUGGGGAGCGGGUGGGGGCCUCUGGAGCAGCGGGGUGGCCUCUGUCAGCUGGAGUGGGUUGUGAAACCUCUCUGGGAGAUAGCAGCAGAAUCUGGUAUUUAUCUGGUUGGGUUACAUGCUGCUUUCGACAAUGCUUCUGGAGUAGGUUUCUGCACUGGCUUGGGGGUUUUCUUCACUCGUUGUAGCGUGACAUUUUUCCUGUGUGGCGGCUUGUUGUUUGUCUUUCUCAUGCAGCAACAAGGGAGGAAGAUGGCAUUUUAACCAAAGCGACUGUCAAAUGUUGGCUGCUGGUUGGGCACUGGGAGAUGUGUGGAACUGAGAAUUACUCAGUUGUGAAACUCAACAUCGUAAUGAGUGAAACUGCUUCAUUUGUAGUUAUUUUAUUAACUGUGUUAUCUUCCUCAAGAUCUGUACUUCUUUCCCAAAAUACUGUGACUUCUCUCACUUUAUUUUUUUUUUUAACAGAAUUCACAAUAAUUUGGUCUGCAAUUGUGUCAUCUGAUUUCCUUUUAUCACUGUGCAAGCAGCGAUUGUUUCUCUACUAAGCACAAGAGAAGUAGUGCUUUUAUUAGUGGAAAAAAACGUUUGAGUGACUGCACAAAUGGAGCUGCACAUUAGCUGCAGCGUAUAGGAAGGACAUGGUGUGUGGUGGUGGCACGUGCUGUGCUAGAGGUGCCCAGUGGCUGACGGGGUGAUGCCAAGUCAUGCCUGGCGAUUUAUACAGCAUUUCCUAUUUUAGUAUUAGUAUUUUCAUUUCUUUAACCAAAAUCUUAUUCUUGAGUGGUUUUUCUUGUGAUUUGUUUCCUUCCACCUCUCCUCCAGGUAUGUUCCAAUUUGUGUGUUUCUUCUGUCCUGGAAGGGGGACGAGGCUAGUGGUGGACCUGAGCAGGCUUUCAGAUUGAAAUAGAACUCAUCUGCGAGGGCUUUCCUUCUCUUCAUGCUGCACUGUUGCGGUCCUGGUGCUUAGCCUCUGCCGACACUCUCCUUAAAGGUUGAUGUGUUUUCCAAAAACACAGUGCUCUUGCUUUGGCAGCGGGAACUGCCUUUGCCUUCUGUUUUCAAGAGCAGAUUGUUGCCUUUGGCAUGGCUGCAGAGGAGAGGCUGAGGUAUGGCAAACCCUUCUGCUGUGGAUCUGUGACCUCGCAGGAGAGGUUACGGAAACAGCCAAGGGGAACGGCCCCACGGCCGUCAGAGCAUUCUCUGUCAGAGCUCAAGUACGCUCCAAAGGUCUGUCCUGAAACUGCUCACUGCAGAUGUUUGUGUUCAGUCAGGGCUUUUUUUCCCAUGUAUUUAAAAGCAACAAACUCUGAAGCCUCUGUUUCUGGUACUGCAAAGAAAGCACGUUCUCCCAAGAGACCACUUGGCCACUUUGCAAUCCCCAGCCCCUCUGAUGAAGGGAAAGGAAAGCCCUUGUAGUUUCUGCCCUGUAAUUUCCUGGUGUUCUUGACAGCACUUUCCCAUCUCCUUAUGCAGGUCCCCGUGUGCAGCAGGGCCUGGCGCAGCAGCUCCCUGCAGGCUGCAAGGUGGGCUGUGCUGGGAGUGCAGCGGCUCUGGGUGCUGGCUGUGAAGCGACAUUGACACACCUAGCAGCUUGCUCCAUGUUUGCUGAUUGGAAGCAAUUACUGUAAAAUACUUGAUUUAUAAUGAGGUAUACUUAAAAAGUGGCAAAUGAAAAUAAAUACUCAUGAAUAACGUGCCGACACGUGGCUGCUGGCUUUGCUGAAGUGCUGCUUUCUGUCCAUGGACUCCGCUCAGCCUGAGCAGCUGGAGGGGACCAGAAGGCAACUCAUUUAGGAUAUUUUUGAAAUUAUUAAUAUGAGGGUGUGCUUAGCCUUCCCCAGAGGCCAGGGGUUGUGGUAAGAGGAUGACUAAUGCACCACUUCUGUGUCGUAGAGCAGUGUUUCUGUGACUCCCCCUCCAAUAGCUGUACCUUACUUGUCCGCUUUGAUUCACAUCUGUUUGUUUUUGCAGAGGAAGCAUCCGUGGCACUCCUCAACAUGAGCCAGUGACCAACAGCGCCUGGUGUGGUGUCACCAGAGCCUUCUGGAGCCACAGCUCAGCCCAGCUGCAGCCAGAGGAGGGAGGAGGAAAGCACAGCCUGGUCAGGAAUGUUUACCCUUGCAGAAGUUGCAUCGCUCAAUGACAUCCAGCCAACCUAUCGUAUCUUGAAACCAUGGUGGGAUGUAUUUAUGGAUUAUCUAGCGGUUGUGAUGUUAAUGGUUGCCAUUUUUGCUGGAACCAUGCAAUUGACCAAAGACCAGGUGGUCUGCUUGCCAGUUUUGCAGUCUACUAUAAACUCAAAAGCACAACCCAGCACAUCAGGGAAGGCUGACUUUACCACUGUUGAAACAACCACUGGUCAAGGAGAAGAAGCAUCAAUGAGAACGGUUUCUUUUGGAAGUGCCCCUACUGUAACACCUGAUGUACCUCUGAGCAGAGCUACCUCUCCUCAGUAUCAACCCACUGAAUCAAGUCAGGAGGUGAAGAAGGAGCAGAAGGAUUCUUCAGGCCGCAAAACAAAUUUGGAUUUUCAGCAAUAUGUAUUUAUUAACCAGAUGUGCUAUCAUUUGGCUCUUCCUUGGUAUUCAAAGUAUUUUCCCUAUCUUGUUCUCAUCCAUACCAUUAUUUUAAUAGUCAGUAGCAAUUUUUGGUUCAAGUAUCCCAAGACCUGCUCAAAAAUUGAGCAUUUUGUGUCCAUAUUAGGGAAGUGCUUUGAGUCCCCCUGGACUACAAAAGCACUGUCUGAAACAGCAUGUGAGGACUCUGAGGAGAACAAACAGAGGUUAACUGGUGCCCAGUCCCUGCCCAAGUACGUUUCCACUAGCAGUGAUGAAGGAAGCCCAAGUGCCAGCACCCCCAUGAUAACAAAGUCUGGCUUCAAAUUUUCAGCUGACAAGCCAAUGAUUGAAGUUCCCAGUGUCACUAUUUUAGAUAAAAAAGAUGGAGAACAAGCCAAAGCACUGUUUGAGAAAGUCCGUAAGUUCCGGGCUCACGUGGAGGACAGCGAUCUGAUUUACAAACUCUACGUUGGCCAGACUAUCAUCAAGACUUUUAAGUUCAUAUUUAUUCUCUGCUAUACUGCAAACUUUGUCAACACCAUUAGUUUUGAACACAUCUGCAAUCCAAAAGUGGAACACCUGAUUGGCUACACGCAAUUUGAAUGUACGCACAACAUGGCUUACAUGUUGAAGAAGCUGCUUAUCAGCUAUAUUUCUCUCAUUUGUGUCUAUGGUUUUAUCUGUCUUUACACACUCUUCUGGCUGUUCCGAAUACCCUUAAAAGAAUAUUCCUUUGAAAAGGUCAGAGAAGAGAGUAGUUUCAGUGAUAUUCCCGAUGUCAAAAAUGACUUUGCGUUUCUUUUGCAUAUGGUAGAUCAGUACGACCAGCUUUAUUCUAAAAGGUUUGGUGUCUUCUUGUCAGAGGUAAGUGAGAACAAACUACGUGAAAUUAGUUUAAACCAUGAAUGGACUUUUGAAAAGCUGCGGCAACACGUUUCCCGCAAUGCCCAGGAUAAGCAAGAAUUGCACCUUUUUAUGCUAUCGGGGGUCCCUGAUGCAGUCUUUGAUCUGACGGAUCUGGAUGUGUUAAAACUGGAGCUGAUUCCUGAAGCGAAAAUCCCAGCAAAAAUCUCCCAGAUGACAAAUCUUCAGGAGCUUCAUCUGUGCCACUGCCCUGCAAAGGUCGAGCAGACUGCCUUCAGCUUCCUCCGGGACCAUUUGAGAUGCCUUUAUGUAAAAUUCACAGAUGUCGCAGAAAUUCCUGCGUGGGUGUAUUUGCUCAAAAACCUCCGAGAAUUGUACUUGAUAGGCAACUUGAACUCUGAAAAUAAUAAAAUGAUAGGGCUUGAGUCUCUCAGAGAGUUGAGACACCUUAAAAUUCUCCAUGUGAAGAGCAAUUUGACCAAAAUCCCCCCCAAUAUCACAGAUGUGGCACCACAUCUGACAAAACUGGUCAUUCAUAAUGACGGCACUAAGCUUGUGGUACUGAAUAGCCUUAAGAAGAUGAUGAAUGUUGCGGAGUUGGAGCUGCAGAACUGUGAACUGGAGAGAAUUCCUCAUGCCAUCUUCAGCCUCUCUAACUUACAGGAACUGGAUUUAAAAUCAAAUAGCAUACGCACAAUUGAAGAAAUCAUCAGUUUCCAGCACUUAAAAAGAUUGACUUGUUUAAAGCUGUGGCACAAUAAAAUAGUCAACAUUCCCUCCUCCAUUACCCACGUAAAGAACUUAGAGUCUCUUUACCUCUCCAAUAACAAACUCGAAUCCUUACCAGCCGCAGUGUUCAGUUUACAGAAACUUAGAUGUUUAGAUGUAAGCUACAACUCAAUUGCAGUGAUUCCAGUGGAAAUAAGUUUGCUUCAAAAUCUGCAGCAUUUUCACAUCACAGGAAACAAAGUCGACCUUUUGCCAAAACAGUUGUUUAAAUGCGUUAAAUUGAGGACUUUGAGUCUGGGACAAAACUGUAUUACCUCAAUCCCAGAUAAAGUUGGUCAACUGUUGCAGCUGACUCAUCUGGAACUGAAGGGAAACUGCUUAGACCGUCUGCCAGCCACGCUGGGGCAGUGUCAGCUUCUCAGGAAAAGUGGGCUUGUCGUGGAAGAUCACCUCUUUGACACUUUGCCCUUGGAAGUUAAAGAGGUAUUGAACCAAGACACAAGCAUUCCCUUUGCUAAUGGGAUUUAAGCUGAGGUGAAAUGCUCAAGUAGCUAACUUCCAAACAGUAAAUGCUAAGAAGUGUGGCUAUUGUAAGACCAUGCGUUUUUAGAAAGCAGAUUUCCUUGGAAGGCAAGACUACUAGCAGGAUUGUAAGAGAUGUAACCGAGUGUUCAAUGUUUGCAGUGUUUUAAAAAGAUUAUUUCCAAAAUUUUUGAGAGGAUAAAAAGAACCUUAAUAAUCUCAAUUCUUUUUUCCUUAAAUUGUUUGUAACUUGGAUGCUGCCGCUUUUGAAUGUUUACAAAUUUGCUUGCCUGCUUAAAGUAAAUGAUUAAAUUGAUGACCUUUUCUUACUAUGCAAGUUAUUCUUUAAGGUCUGGAUUUACUUUAGUGCAUUGUGGGAGGAAAAACAGAGAUAAGUGUUGUAUAUGGGAUGGUUCUAACAGCACUUGAAACACACGCUGGUGUGUUGCUAAUGUUUAGCUAUUCUCUGCAAAUGAAGCCACCAUUUUCCUGCACUAAGGUAUGUGGUUUGCAUGGGGCCAAAUGUGUUUGCCCUCAUUCUUCAUUCUGAAGGCCUCAUGGUUUUGGAUGAGAUUUGUCUAUGACUUAGUGUGACCCCUUCAGAGCUGCGAGGACCUGUCCUGUUCCACAGCUCCUCUACCCCAGCUUCCGUAAGGCUCCUUUGUCCUGAGUAGCAGGGAGUGAUAAAAGGGAGAGUAGUGCUACUGGCCUUCCAAGUUGGGGAUAGUUUUGAUGUUUGAACUGUUCUGCACGGUAACUUCUGAGAGUCAUUAAACAGCAGGUGACUUUAUUGCUGGUGUUUUGCUUCUCUUCAGAGUUUCAAUCUGGGAAACUCGAGACGUUUUACAAGAGUCAGUGAUUAUUUUGUUUCACAGCCCUUGCCUAGGAACAGGGUUGUCUGCUCUAUUUUCCAGACUAAUGACAGAGACUUAGAAUUACCCAAACAUGAUUUAGCUUUAUUACCUAUUGUAGCAUAUCUUCCACACAUAGACUUUAACUGUAGGAUAUCCUUAUCCCAGCCCUAGUAAUUUGAUAUUUUUGAACAUUUAUGCACUGUUAGAGAUCCCUAAAUGUGUGCCAGAUGAGUCAUCAAAUAAAGAAAAAAAGCAGACAGCGGUGUGGGAUUUUUUUGUUUGGUUGAUUUUGGCGAUGUUGUUUU